AUGAAAUUAAAAUUCAUUUUGUUUAUAAUAUUUAGUAUUUAUAUAUUAAUAGAAGUUGCAUCAACACAAACAUAUAAUAGUACUUGUAUUUGGUGGGUUAAAUAUGAUGCAGAUUCAACGGUUCAGAAUGGUAAUUUUUCAAACCCAUUUUCAAAUUUAAAAUCAGCAAUUGAUAAAAUUUCAAUGAUAAAUAAUGAAUGCGAUACAAAGAAUAUAACAAUAACAAGAGUUAUAUAUAUUGUAGCAAGUGAUAAAGAUGAUAAUGAAAAAGUAUAUAAAGGAUCAGGUAGUAAUACAUAUAUUACAAUUAGUGAUAUUUUCUAUAGAUUCCCAAUAUUAAUACAAGCAAUUGAUGAACAAGCCAGCUAUACAUACAAUCAAAGUUCACCAUUGUUACCAAUGGCAUCAACUGAUAGAUAUGCAACAUUUGUUGGAAGUUCACCAAAUGAAUAUAUCAUUUAUUUCCAAUCAGCAUUAACACCAAUCAUAAUAAGAGGUUUACAAUUUAAAAAUGGUGGUUUCUCAACUGAUGAUUUCCGUCAAGCAUCUGUUAUCACCACUAGUUCAACCAUAGUAUCAUUCGAGAAUUGUUUAUUCAAAGAUAAUGUUGGUGGUACAAGUGGUGCAUUAUUCUAUAAUUCACAAUCAUCAGCUCAUAUUGAAAAUUGUAUCUUUGAAAAUAAUAAAGCUUCCGCUGGUAAUGGUGGCGCUAUUUAUUUACCAUCUGGUACUGCUAAACUUCAAAUUACAAAUUCAAUCUUUAAAAAUAAUAAUGCAAUAAAUGGUGGUGGUGUCUAUUGUGCUUAUCAAUAUUUAACAAUGACCUCCAAUAAAUUCAUCUCAAAUACUGCUUUAAAAUCUGGUGGAGGUUUAUAUACUUUAGCCGUUGCUGAUAUAACUUCCGUAUCUUGGGAUCAUUUAUUAUUUGAUUCAAAUAAAGCAAUUAAUGGUAGUGGAUUAUUUGAUAAUAAUUCGGCAAAUCAAUAUUAUAAUGCAACAUUUAUUUCAAAUGAAGCAACAGAGAAUGGUGGUGGAUCAUAUUUAUUAGAUUCUAGAAUAUUUAUGCAACAAUCAAAUUAUCAAUCAAAUAAAGCAGCAAGAGGUGGUGGUAUUUUUGCAUUGGAUACAGAGCCAUACUUUAAAUCUCAACUUUUCAUUAGAGAUGCAAACUUUACAAUGAAUUCAGCUUCAGAGAAUGGUGGUGCAAUCUAUUGUAGUAAUGCAACCGCUCGUUUCAAUACGAGAAAUUUAUUCGAGGAUAAUAGUGCUACCAAUUCAAGUUCUUCAACUGAUUAUUGUACUUCCUCUUGUGUAACUUCGCCAGGUGAUUGUGGUUGUCCAGGUGGUUGUGGUAUUGAAUCUGAUAAUGAUAAAGAUCCAAAUACUGAUGCUAAAAUUGCUGUCGCCAUUUUCAUUCCAAUCACUGCCAUACUUUUAGGUGUCGUUGGUUUCCUCCUUUGGAGAACUCAUGCAAAAUCAAGAGGAAUGAGAACUAAAACUGCUGCACCUUACGAUGAAAUUAGAUUAUCUCCAUCUUCACAAGAUAAUGAUGAUCAAUUAUAA